AUGCAGUCUUCUAAUUUCCAGCAAUCUUCCAUGUUGACAGCUACCCCCGCUGUAUCUUCUACUUCGUAUCAGCAGCAGAACAACGGCGCUGUCUACCAGGGUUCGAGCGUUGCUUACCAGCAAGGCUCGAGCAGCGUUUACCAGCAGGGGUCGAGUGCUGCUUACCAGCAGGGGUCGAGUGCUGCUUACCAGCAGGGGUCGAGUGCUGCUUACCAGCAGGGGGGAAACUCUACUAGCCGAACGAUAACUGGCCAAGAGCGUGUGCAGAGUACGCGUAAGGUGUCGUCUACGAUUGUGAACGAGCAGAUGAUGGGCCCGCCCCCCCAAGAUCUUCCGGUGCGCGAGAUUGAGGUGCCUGGCCCGGUGCAGGAGGUGGUGACCCACGUGCCGCGGAAGGAAGUGAUUGAGACUGAGCGGCGGGUGCCGAAGUACGAGUAUGAGUACGUAGACAAGAUCGUGGAGGUACCCCGCAUAGAGUAUGUCGACAAGGUCGUGGAAGUGCCUCAGUACCACGAGGUUAUUGUGGAGCGUAAGGUGCCUCAAGUGGUAGACGUGCCGCGCGAAGUGAUCAAGGAAGUCAAGAUCCCGCGCAUUAACUAUGUGGAGAAGCAGGUCGAAGUACCGGGCGAAGUCAUUGAGGUGCCCAAGCACUUCACUGUCGAGCAGAAAGUAGAAUUUACGCGAUACAACGAUCGCAAGAAACCUGUGGUGGUUGCCCAGGCGGUAAAGCCCCUCAUUGUCGAGGGAGCCGGCUUCACGGAAGUCGACGUCUACGAGUACGAGCCUGAAUGCGUACCAGUCGAUGUGCACGUUGUCAAAGGCGUUCAGGCCCAGGUCCAGGCCGGCGGAGUCGUGGAAACCACCCACCGUGUUGUUACCAUCCCUUCGGCGCAAUAUAACACCAUCCUGCAGCAACUUAACACCCAUCUUAACCAAACGGAAGUUCAGAAGCUGCCAUACCUCCAGGAACGAGGACAGGUCACCUUCCUUGGUGAACGGAUCCACUACACUGAGCCCGCACCAGGUGUAGUGAUUCAAGGCUUUGACAUGUCCAACCUGACAAACACGUAUGUCGACCAAGCCAGUAGGAAGGUCCACCCUGUCCCCCCGCCUCCGGUUGCCGGCACAGGCGCCGCUGCCGGCGCUGCUGGCUACACUGGUGGCUACAAUGCCGGCAACUAUACCACCGGCGGUGCCAGCUACACUGCCGGCAGUUACCCUGCCGUAGGCGCCUCCAGGCCCGCCGUCACCUCCAGCGCGCUAGGCUCCUCCGGCUACAGGACCGCGCAGCAGUACUCAUCUAGCCCGAACUACGCCAGCCAGCAGUUCACGCAGCACUCUACCACUACCUACUCGCAACCGCAGACGUACACCAGCACUAGCUACCAACAGCAGCCGGUGACCUACGCCCAACAGCCCAUCACCAACUACGCCUAA